UUAUUUGAACAAAAUAUCGCUGCAGCUACUAAUUCGGAAGACACUUCCUAAUUUCUGAUUUACUAAUUAAUUGAAAAAAAGAAAAAGAAACACUAUACAAGUAUAGUAUUAUACAUUUAUUCCAAAUUUGUAACAUCCUAAAUCUGUGUUGUGAGUAUUGCACUGUAGUGUUAAUUACAUUUGAAAAUUUCAGAUCGUGCGGGGAGAUUUGAAAUAAAUAAUUAAUCACAAGACAAAUAACACAAAACCCCGAUAUAAAUAAUUGAACAUCCAAUUAAUUAAUUACUUCCUUUUUAUAUACGUUCGUUCUUUCGUGUCUUUCCUUCGUUUUAAUAUUUGUUUUUUAAUCAAAUUCUACGCGUGUCAUCGAUGGAUAUACGAAGAAUGUCCAAUUGGAAUGUCCUAAGUGUGGAGGCAGCAUUACAACAACUCAAUUGUUUCGAAGAGGAUGGAAAAGAGAAAAUAAUCAAACGUUCUAACACGACGAUAGAAAAACUGCCAGACAAGGUGAUACUAAAUGUCUUUAGUUAUUUAUCACAUCGCGAGAUAUGCAAGGUCGCAAGGGUUUGUAAAAAAUGGCGGCAAAUAGCGUACGACACGCGUCUUUGGAAACACGUAUCGUUGAGACCGGAAAUCAGUGGACUCCAUGUUGGAUCACUCGAAAGUUUACUUCAAUUAAUAAGCGUACGUUUUGGUGCAUCAUUAAGAUACAUCGAGUUACCGAUAGAACUGAUCACUCACACCGUUUUACACGAGUUAGCAAACAAGUGUCCAAAUUUGACUCACAUGCUCCUUGAUUUUUCUACUGCCAUGCAACUCCACGAUUUCUCAGAGAUGCAAGCAUUCCCGACGAAACUUAAAUACAUGUGCAUCUGUCUGUCAGAAGUCAUAUUUAUGGAAGGUUUCAUGAGAAAAAUUUAUAAUUUCAUCAAUGGCUUGGAAAUCCUUCAUUUGAUUGGCACUUACGAGAAAAUCGAGGAAGAGGAAGAAGAAAUUUACGAGGUGAUAAACGUUCACAAAUUAAAAUCAGCGACUCCUAAUUUGCGAGUGAUCAAUUUGUACGGUAUCAAUUUCGUCGAUGAUUCCCAUAUAGAUGCAUUUUCCUCGAAUUGCAUACAAUUGGAGUGUCUGGCAGUGAAUUUUUGUGCCAAGGUCACUGGUUCAACCAUGAAAACGCUAUUCCAACGUAGCAGAAGAUUGAAAUGUCUUCUUAUGCAAGGGACAAAUCUACAAAGCGAUUACGUUAUGCAGGUCGAAUGGGAGAAGUCCAGUAUCCAAGAAUUUGACGUAACAGCAACGGAUUUAUCAACUGAUUGUUUGAUCGAUAUGUUGACCAGAAUCCCUGGUCUUCGUUUUCUCAGUGCCGGCCAAUUAAAUGGGUUCAAUGACAGCGUUUUGAAAGCAUGGGUAGAAUCCGGCAAUCCACGAAAUUUGAUAGCUUUGAACCUGGACAGUUCGGACAAUUUAACCGACGAUGCUUUACACAAAUUCUUGUCGAGACAUGGUCAUCAACUUUGGGGUAUUUCAUUGGCUGGGAUGCCGCAUAUAACUGAUCAACUAUGGCAAAGUGUUCUACCUAUUCUCACUAAUGCCAAAAUUCUCGUAAUGGGUACCAAUGAAAGACUUGGCGUUAAUAUUCACGUAGACCAGCUAAUGGAUGGAAUCGCAAAUAAUAGUCCAAAUUUGGAACGACUCGAGCUACGUUGGGAUCCAGAAAAUUUAAGAUUUUCCGAUAAGAGUCAAAAAGCUAUUGACAUUUUACGAGUCAAAUGCAUCAAACUCAAGUGUUUGGUUCUGAGCGAUGGAAGAUAUUACGAGAUUGUUAAAGCUAAUUUCGAACGUGCUGAUAGAUUGACGGUUGUUAGGACGACUACUUGCUGCCGAGUAUCGAAUUAUUAUUUGUUACAAAAUUACAAAGAUUUGAUUUUCAACUGAAAUCGCGAGUGAACCAUUUGACAAUUUAUAAUAUUAAUUUUAUCGUUUACAUAAGUCCAUCUUUUUUUUUUCUUUUUUUCUUUUAUAGUUAAUUUAUCAGCUCUGUAAAUUAUUGUAAAUUAUUGUGUAAAUAAUUAUAAAUUAUUGUAACAUUUUCCCUAGGAGUUAAGUAUUGCGCAAAGUAUUAUAUGAAGGAUAUCCGUCAAAAGUUAUCCGAUUUGUCAUUUUAUAAACUGUACAAAAAAUUUAAUCACCAUAAUAAAUUACCAGCAGUUACU